AUUCCCACUACCGCUGGCAGGCCAGCCGGGCCGUGAGCGCGGUGGGAACGGGCUUCCCAAAAAGCGAGCCCCGGCCCGGGUCAGCAUAGAAUGGGGGGGGGGGGACGGCCCUAAUGUUGUGUUGGCCGGGUUGCGGGCGGAUAAAAGCGGACGUGGGGACUCGGGUCGGGGCACAGCGUAACUAAGAGAGCCAUUCCAUUUAAUGCGAGACAGAAUGGGCGGGCACAAGCGGUCUGGUGUCCGAGCCGAUUGGUCAGACGACGACUACUGCACAUAUUAUAUUAGCCGCCUAUCCCGGAAUGGACUGGGAUGGAAUAGAAAGAACGCGAAGCAACAAGCAAGGGAUGAGCGCUUUGUUGCUAAAGCGCAUACGUUUUCUUGCUGGGUCGGUUUGUUUUUUGGGGGUGGGGCAAUAAGCUUGCUUCUUCACAAGCUUAUCCCCGCCCCUUUCCUGUCCGUCCCGACCGGCAGCAGUUGGGUCUCCCCAUCUCUCCUCAACUUCCCCGGUCUUCGGCCCGAGCUGUAUGAGGCAGAAACUCGUCCCACGUACGGUUCGGAGGCCGAGCCCCACCCCUGCAAUAAUGGUGCGGCUUAGGUCAACUAAUACGAAUAAGAUACAGUUCACUCAACGAUUGCCUUUGGGUCCCGAACUCCAUAUGGGGAAGGAACAUUAUUGUUUGCGAGGUCUCGAUCAUUUACAUGGACCCACUUCUCAUUCCAUUUGUGGGAAUUUUUUGAUUUAUAAACCGUCCCCAACGAGCAAAAGGUUCAUGUUUGAACAUGAUGAAUCACUUCGUGCCGACCUGUUGCCCAUAAACUUUCCUGCCUCAUAUGAGAAUGGAAAACUGGAAGAUUUUCUGCAUCGGUGGAUGAAGAAUCACGAACAUAAGAAUUUCUGGUUUAGCAUGUUCCCAGAAAGAAGAUACAUUUUUUCCAUUCGAGAAACGAGGAGUACGACUGAAGUGGCUAUACAUACAAAUCCAUUUACGGAUCUAUAUGCUCCGAUUGGAACUGGAAGUUCCAGAACUGGCGGCUGGUAUACCACCAUAAUGAAAUUGCCUUUUAUUUUUAGUAUUCGGAUAGGAUUUCUGUUGGCUUCAUCGGGAGGCUCGCGUAGUUUGUUACGUCAACUCCAAAAGGAUAAGUUGCAUUGGAAUCGAGAAAGUUUCGUUCAUAAUUGCAUUAAAGGAGACUAUGUUUGGGACCGGUCUGGGUUCGGCUCAUCAACUCGAACGGUCAAUGCUGGCCUGAUACCAGCAUCGUUAUACGUCACAAGUUGGGGUGGUUGAACAGGAAAAACAACAAGGCAGGCGAUAGGAAAAAGCAAAGGGGAACUGGUUAAAACUAAACAAGGAAAGGAACCGAACCGUUGGGAUAUGCGAAUUCGAUUACCAGAUCGGAUUGGAGGAAAAAGCAAUAGUCCCUCCACAUGAUAUUUCUCAUAUAUAGAUCCAAAUCCAUUGCUGCGAACGGCUGCUCGUAAUCGGCAUGAUAGC